AUGCAGACAAAACCACUUCUAUUAAUUGUUAUCCUCAGUCUCACAUCAGUCACCUCCUUUCAGUCCACAGCUAUUAGACGUGCACAGUAUGCGAAUCCCUCAAAGCUGCGUUCUCAGACCGUGAAGGAUGAAGAAAUAAGUGAAGAGCAGUCGUCAACUCCUUUCCUUGAGGACGAUGACGGCAUUUACUUCAAGAAGGGAGUUGGCGGUGGGUCCAACAGACCAGCAUCGGCUUUCAUCCUUGGCUCCGAAAACUUUGUAAAGCAAUCCAAGGCUAUCGGACUCCAAACGCUUGCAAAGAUGGGAUUGACUGGAAAGGAUUUCAAUCCUGAAGAAAUUCCACCGCAAUCACUAAAACUGACCUUGAGCAACCAAGCUGUGAAAGACGCCGAAGUACGACGAGAAACUCAGGAGGGACGAGUGGAAACCAACGCAGUCGCACGAUUGCUCUAUGAUGUUGGAUGCUAUGUUCUCGAUGAGCUAUUUACCGACAGACCGAUUGCUAGGUUCUGGUUUCUCGAAACCAUUGCCAGGAUUCCCUACUUCAGUUACAUCAGUAUGCUUCAUCUUUAUGAAUCUUUUGGCUGGUGGCGGGGCGUUCAGCUGCGCAAAGUUCACAAUGCAGAAGAGUACAACGAACUCCAUCACCUCCUGAUCAUGGAAGCACUUGGAGGCGAUGCCGUUUGGAGCGAUCGAUUUCUUGGCUACCACAUUGCUAUUGGAUAUUAUUGGGCGCUCAUUAUCGUAUUCUUUUUCAGUCCCGCAGUGGCAUAUGAAUUCAUGGAGCUCCUUGAAAGUCAUGCAGUGGAUACAUAUUCAACUUUCUUGAACGAGAACGAGGAAACGUUGAAGAAGUUACCUGCACCGGCCGUAGCUAAAGGUUAUUACACUUCCGAUGAUCUCUACCUCUUUGAUGACUUCCAAGUGAGCAAAAAGGCAGGUUCGCGAAGGCCUUCUUGCGACAAUCUUUAUGAUGUCUUCCAGAACAUUUGCGAGGACGAAGCGGAACAUGUCAAGACAAUGGUUGCUUGUCAGGACUAUGCCCGUGUUGGGAAGCUGGUUGAAUCUCCACAUGUUCCAGCAAUGAAGCGUAAAACCGGAUCGAAGAAAGACGAGGAAGAUUGGGGUAGUAGGAACGAUGAAAUGCAGCCAUAG